AUGACGUCUGGGACAGAGUUCUUUGCCAUUUGCCGCUGGUCCGCCAACGUCUUUGCAUCAAGGGUGCUGCGCGUGGCACAAGGUGACACAAGCCUGCCCUUCACUUGCCACGCGUGUACUUAUCUUUUUCGCCCUUCUCGUUUGCCAACCCCUUUCCAAUCAGCUGAGCGGUUCCUUCCAAAGGCUUGCAACUGCACCGGCGUGGUGGGCUGCAAGUUUCCAGGUGGUGGACCAGGGCGCUUGCAGCCCUGCCCUGUUGAGGCAACUUCAGCGACGGGCUGUGACAGUGGUGUCUAA